AUGGCCAACAGCAACAAGCAAGAAAAUGAAAUAACUUCUAUAGAAGAUUUACCCAAUGAAUUAUUUGGCAAAAUAUUUUCUUAUUUAAAUGGAAAUGAUGCUAGUUUUAGUUUGAUAUAUCUUAACAGACGUUUUCAAUGUUUAGUUAAAGAAUAUUGUCAAAGACUUGAUUUUAAAUCAAUAAAUAAGUCUAAAUUCGAUCUCAUCUUUGAAGAAUAUGAUACACAAUGGUGUCAAUCAUUAAGUUUAUCAAAUGACAAUUAUACAUAUGGUCAAAUUGAAUAUUUUCUUCAGUUUUAUUCUCUUAUUGAUCAUUUUUCUCAAUUAAAAUCAUUGACUUUAUACAAUAUAAAAUCCAUCGAUACAUUUGAGUUGUUAUCUCAAAUUUUUCUUCUUACAAAUUUAGUUUCAUUAACAUUAAAACCUGUUUGUGGAAAGAUAAUGUCUGAAUUUGAUUUUUUCAAUCUUAAACGGCUUGCUAUCACUUCCUGUAAAAAUACAACAUGGAUUAAAAAAUUUUCUCAACUUGACAGUCUUGAGUAUACAAUGAAUAAUUGUUGUUUGUCGCAAAUAGUUUUCGCAUGGCCGUUAAAACUCAAACAUUUGAAAAUUAUUUUCGAUAAUGAUGAUGUUGGUGUUUUAGUACCUCAAUCACUUACAUAUUUAUCAGAAUUAAUUGUUUUCGAGAUUUAUCAAAAAAAAUUAGGAAAAUCACCUCCUAAUGGUCAAGUAUGGGAGCAACUAAUUCGUUCAUCAUUUCCAGCAUUGAAAAAGUUCAAAUUUUAUUUUCCAUUUGACUAUGGCUUUGUUUCUAUUAAGAAAGAAAAAAAAGUGUUAUCAUCAUUCUCGACAUCUUUCUAUCUCGAAGAAAAGAAAUGGUUUAUUCAUUGCGAUAUAUUUACCGUUUCUGGAAUAGCAGUUAUCUAUUCUCUUCCAUUUACUUUUGAUCAAUAUACAAUUAUUAGUAAUUCAGCUAGUGGAAGAAUUGUUACAUUAUCAAACAGUAAUUUCAUUCAUUCCGAUAAAGAUCUAUAUAAACAUAUGAAAACAGUGAUAAUUGAAUCAAUAUCAGAAUGGGAUCUAGAAAAUGAUUUCUAUACAAAACAUAAUAAGAAUACAUAUGAACAAAUUAUGCUUAAUUUUAUUAGUGGUCCUCAUUUUAAUUCUAUCGAACGACUCUAUUUAUUACCAAAUUAUUAUCGUUAUAGAAAUGAACAUAAUAUUAAAAUUUUAUCGAAUAGUUUUUAUAUUUUAUUAAAGAAGAUUCCUCAUUUAUAUGUAUUAGAAAUAGAUUUGAGUGAUUUACAAUUUUUGACAGAGAAUUGGACUAAUGUGAUUCUAUGCAGUCAUCUAUCUGAAAAUAUUCGUUCUUUGAUAUUGCAUUCAAAUAAACAUCGACGACAAUUCUUAGAUGGAAAUGAAGUUAAUCAAAUAACACGUGUUUUUUCUACAAAAUGUCAAUAUUUAUCUGUAUGUGUUCUGUCACCAAUUCACACUAUUAUUUCAUUACUACGAAAUAUGAAACAAUUACAUAGUAUGCAUGUAUUUGUUCAAACAAAAGAUAAUGAAGAAAUUACUAUGAAGUGGUUAGAGAAACAAAAUAUUGGAUUAAAUUAUUCCAAUUGUUUUAUUACUAAUGAUGAACAAAAUUAUUAUUUUUGGUUAAGAUAA